CACUUCUGGGGCCCAGUAGCCAACUGGGGUCUCCCCAUUGCUGCCAUCAAUGACAUGAAGAAGUCUCCAGAGAUCAUCAGUGGACGAAUGACAUUUGCCCUCUGUUGCUAUUCUUUGACAUUCAUGAGAUUUGCCUACAAGGUGCAGCCUCGAAACUGGCUUCUCUUUGCGUGCCAUGCAACAAACGAAGUAGCCCAGCUCAUUCAGGGAGGACGGCUUAUCAGAUAUGAGAUGACUAAAAAGGCAUCUGCAUAGAAGUGGAAGGAACAAGCUCUUGAAAGGACAGCACCCCAGCUACUGCUGCAGAGUCACAGAUUCCAUCAGCAUGAAUAGGAGGAAAUGUGGAAUGCUAUUUUUACUAACUGUACCAUUUUUAUAGAUAUAGCUGGGAGUCCCUAAACAAAUUCUCUGCUGCCUUACAAGUACUGAAUAUUUUUUCUUCAUAGAGUAGCUCAAAAUAUGCAAUUAACUUAAUAAUUUCCAAUGAUGGUUUUAUCUGUAUUCAUACACAUAUUAUCUGUUGGGAUUUGCUUAAUGAAAAACUGAACAGCAAAAUUUUAUAAUACUCACAUUUAAAUACUCAGACUUCUUGACUUUAAUGACUGCAAGAUAUCCAACAACUUAACACAUACCUAAAAUCUGAUCUUCAGUGUUUGAAAAACUGUCUUGUAUUUCCAUGCAGUAUGUACAUUGAGAUGCUGUAACUUAAAUGGCAAUAAAUGAUUUAAAUAUUUGUUAUAUGAA